UAAAGUGGUUGAACCGGAAGCAGUAUCCGCGCAGUGAGGCACGUUUUCCUCCUGCAGCAGCAUGGACAGCGGUGGUGUGAGGAGAUGUCUGUAGAGAUGGUGGAGCUCUCCAUGAACGCACCGGAGCCGGUCCGAACGGCCGGGAUCCUGCAACAGAACCGCGUCUUCCUCGACUUCUUCUGGGACUUGGCCAAACCGGACCAGGAGGUCCGGCUGAAGGCGGUAGAGGACCUCAUCCAGUACCUGAAAACCAACAACAAGGCAGAUGAGUUGGAUUACACCAUCAAAAGGCUGGUGGAUGGACUGGCUCACACACGGGAGGCUGCCAGACCUGGAUUCAGCCUGGCUCUGGGACAGGUUUUGAGCACCUUUGAAGUCAUCUCUUUGCAGAGUAUACUCGACCGAAUCAAGGAAAAGCACAACUUGCAGACAGUGAAAAAGAAACUUGUCAGAAAUGCAGCGUUCGGAAACUUGUUUGGCGUCCUCGCCCUUCAUCAGUCCAGCCGCCUCUCUAAAGAGCCGCCCGUGGUGUUGGGAUGUGUGCAGCUGCUGCAGAGCCUCAGCCAGCACAGGCAACACCUGAAGGACCUGCCUACCAAGACCAUGAUGGACAUCCUCAAUGAGAUCUCAGAGGAGGUGUUUGAGGAGGUCCUGCUGAGCGCGCUGCAAACUGACCUGGCAUCAGCCUUCAGGACUCCGGAGCAGCUGCAGCUGCUGCUGGUCGCACUGCAGCGCUUCCCACAAACCCUCAAACCCAAGAAACUCAAGAAGCUGCUGGGCUCCUCGACCAUCAUCAACGCUGAAAACAUCCCCAAGUUGAUGGAGGUGUUGAAGAUGGCGUCGCGCUCGGUGAAGAAGGAGUGUGUCCUCCCGGCGGUGGCCCUGGACCUCCUGAAGCUCUCUCUGAAGGAAGACAGCUUCCAGCUCUUCUGGAACAACGCCAUCAUCAACGGCAUGUUAAAGGAGCCGCCGGGGCCAGCUCAUUACCUGAGCUUCCGCCUGCUGGGCAGCGCCCUGCCUCUUCUGUCCGUAGCCCAGCUGAAGGAGGUGUUGUCUGGAGAGGUGAUGAUGCAGUACGGGGAGCACGUGGUGUCUGCUCAGAAAGCGGAGCGCUUCAAGCUGGCCCCGGAGAUGGACAGCUACGUGUCGGACUUCUUGGCGGGCUGUCAGGACGCCGACAGACAGCUGGCGGGGAUGGUGGGCUUCUCCUCGCUGAUCAACAAGGGCAGCCCUUUGAUGCCGCCGGUGUGGAGGGGGGUGCAGCACCUUCAGCCUGCGGCUCUGCAGCACUACGUGGAGUGGCUGAAGAACAUGUUCCUGAAGCCUCAGCUGGACAAGCUGCUGGACUGCAGCACUCGCAAGCAGAAGGACAAUCGGGAGGGAAAGGAACAGAGGGAGAACUCCAUAUUCUAUCUGAGGAAGUGGAUUGUUUCCCGGCUCUCCUCGAUCAUUGACAACCACCAAGUGAAGAAGCAGGAGGAUCUCGUCAUGGAUGUGGCCAGGUUUGUCUUUUUCCACGCGUUCUUCAGUGCCAAGAAGGCCUCGGCCAGCAUCCCAGAGACAAAGGGGAAGCUGUCUGUCCCACUGGAUGAUAAAACCAGAGGAGUGCUUGUUAAUCAUUUCUUUGGACUCCUCCUGUCCAUGCACCACCUGCCUCUGACCGAGGACUCAGACAAAGGCACGGCAGCCAACCAAAAGCGUGUGCAGGGCGUCAGAGCCGACGGCACCAUGUGGAUCUAUCACCUGGUCCAGUACGCCCAAGUCCUGCUCGACCAGCCGGAACACGCCCAGUGCAGCCAGCCCUUCAGCCCUGAGCAGAGGAAGGCCUGGGACAGCAUGCUGAAAAUGGUGGCAAACCUGAAGAAGGAAGUAAAGAAAGGCCCGGCUGCAGGGACCAGCGCGUUCCAGCAGCUCUUCCUGUUGGUCGCCAUGCACCUCUUCAAGGCCCCCGAAGAGCUGCUGGGCAUCACCAAGGACCUGCAGAGCUGCGUGGACAAAGCUCAGGAGAAGAAGGCCAAGAAGAAGAAGAAACAAGCCACGGAGCAGGAGGAGGAGCCCGAGUGGGUGGAGGUGCUGGUGGACAUCUUGUUGUCCCUGCUGUCCCAGCCGAGCCGACACAUCAGACAUGUCUGCAGAACGGUCUUCUCCUCCAUCUGCCCCCACGUUACUGCAGCGGCCCUCACCGCCAUCUUAGAUGUCCUGGACCCAGAAAAGGAUGACGAGGAGGACAGUGCUGUGGUCGUCACUGACGACAACAAAACCCAGAAGAAAAACCCAAAUGAGGAAGACGACGAGGAGAUGGAGGAAGACAAGUCUGACGGAUCAGAUGAUGACUCUGAUGAGGAAGAAGAUGAUGAAGCAAUGGAGGAGGAGGAGGAUGAUGAUGAUGAUGAGGAGGAGGAAGAGGAAGAGGGCGAGUUGGAAGAGGGAGAGGUGGACCAAAAGUUCCGCCAGGAGCUGAUGAAGGUCCUGCAGCAGCAGAAUGCUCUGGCCACAGAGGAGGACGGAAGCAGCGAUGAAGAGCUGGACGAUGACGCCAUGAUGGCGCUGGAUAAGGGCCUGGCGGCGCUGUUCUCGGAGCAGAAGAAAAAGAACCAGGCCAAGAAGGAUGAACGGACCAAAAUACAGAAAGAGAAGACGCUGGUCCGAGACUUUAAGAUCAAGGUGUUGGACCUGGUGGAGGUGUUCGUGGCCCGGCAGGCUGGCAGUCCUCUGGUUCUGGGUUUGGUGGAGCCUCUGCUCACCAUCAUCGACAGAGGAAUGAGCUCCGACAGCGACCAGCAGGAGCAAGAAUUCCUCCGCCGAGCUGCCGAUAUCUUCAGGAACCAGCUGUGUAGGUCCAAGGUUUACUGCAGGACCGUGGGUGACAGACAGGGGGAGCUCCAUGACCUGCUGGACAAACUGAUGACUAAAUGCCAGAAGCUGGCCGACUCCUCAGUCUGCCUCUAUUACUUCAGUGCAUCUCUGUACGUGGUGAAAGUGCUGCGAGGAGCUCCACCUGCUGAGGCCAAAGAGGGGCAGACAGCCGACGGAGCUGCAGCAAAUGACUUAAGGUUCAUGGGCAACUUGGACGUGGAUCGGGUCUCCGCCAUCUUCAGAGACGCCCUGACCUCCUUCAUGGGCAGGAGGAAGAGCCCUCUGACCGCUCAGAUGUUCACAGACUUGUUCGCCAGAUUCCCCGGUCUGUGUGUGCAGCUGUUGGAUCAAGCCGUGCAGCACAUCACAUCUGGAGUCAGAGUACACCAACAGGGCCAAGCGUGUGUGUUGGUGUUGCGGGCGAUACAGAACAAGGAGGUUCAGCAGCUGCUGAGCGGCGCUCCGUGGACGGAGCUCUGUGUGAAGGUCUCAGGUCAGCUGGCGGCGAGUCUUCAGCAGGCGGGCCAAGCUGAGAGCAAGGUGGUGAAGGAGAAGGUGGUGAGAACCCUGGAGCUCUGUCAGUUCCUGGCCAAGCACGUUCACCAGCAGAAGCUGUCCGUGGACCUGGAGCCCCUUCAGAAAGUCCUGCAGUCCCUGACCAGCGCCAUCGCUUUCAAGAAGACCGGCAAGCUGGAGGACACCUACUGGGCCGUGAUGAAACACUUUGGAGUCAUGAAACCCAAAGUUGAAAAGACAAAGCCUGACAAGGAGGCCGAGCAACAGCAAGUUCCUAAGAAGAAAAAAGGUUUUCUGCCCGAAACAAAGAAGCGUAAGAAGCGCAACCAGCCUAUUUUAGAGCCAGCGGCAGCAGCAGCAGCAGCGAACAACUCGACCUCCAGAGACAAACCGGGAGCAGACAAAGGACAAGCCAAAAAGAAACAUGACAAGAAAACAAAACAGAAACGACCGGCCGACGGCGCAGCGGCUUCUCAGCCCAACCCGGCCAAGAAGAGCAAGAUCACGCAGUCUGAGAGCAAGACAGCCAAGAAGAAGAAACCCAAACAGAAGAAAGAGGGAGGAGGGCAAAUGUAAAGUGGACACUGCUAGUUAAAUGUUUCCUUUUUAAAGAAGCGUUGUUUCAGUCUGUUAAUUUUUCUACUUUUCAGUCAGUUCAGUUCAGACAAUAUGUUGGUAUUUUUCAAUAUGAGAUAUCUUUAUACAUAAUGAAAACCUGAGAUGUGUGGGACGUAAAUUAAGAUGGAUUGUUUUUCUAAUGUGUGACUGAAAAAAAUGUCUACAAUAAAUUUAAUUUCUCUUCCUGAAAAACAACUAGAUGAGCAUGGCAUGAGCUGAAAGUCCUGGUCCCACAGGUCCGUCCAACCUACAGACACAACAUCAAACUCUGUUCUGAGUGUUUGAAAAGCAGGAUCAAGCUCCUUUCAUCAUCACUUCUUCAGACCAUUUGAUAUUUUUGCAGGGAAUAUCAUGGUCUCCAUUUUAUUUAUUUUUUUAAGAUAAUUUUUUGGGGCAUUUUAGGCCUUUAUUUGUGACAGGACAGCUUAGACAUGAAAGGGGGGAGAGAAUGGGGAAUGACAUGCAGCAAAGGACCGCCGGUCAGAAUCGAACGGAGCCUCUGUGUAUGGGCGCGCGCUCUACCAGGUGAGCUACCCAGGCAUCCAUGGUCUCCAUUUUUAAGGUUGAUAAGUCCACUGUCCCAGCCAGAAUGU